GUUCCAAGACUGGAUAUGCUCGAAGCUGCCUCGAUAUCAGCGUUGACCAGCAGUAAUAUCUGAAGCUCGAAGGCUGAAAAUUUAGGAUUAGAACCGACUGUUCUAACCAUCGAAUCAAACGGCGGUGUUGCAAUGGCGUUGGAUACAGCUGUAGCCGCCUCGGCUCCGGGCAAGGUACUUCUUGUCGGAGCGUACCUUGUCGUAGAGCCGCCUAAUCCGGGCCUCGUACUCGCCACGAACGCGCGGUUUUAUGCCAUUGCGCAGCCGUUAGUCGCAGAGAGCGAGGAGCAGGUUAGGGGAACUGCAGCAUCCGAGGCAGCAGCUGAGCACAGAGAGAGCUCGAUGACUGUUUGCGUGGACUCACCGCAACGAGGCAGCUGCUACUGCUUCGACCUGUCGCUUGCAGACCUCGCCAUCAGCAAUUGGAGGGAAGGUGACGACGCAUCUAGGAUUGGCUGCAUCGGUCAGGAAGGGAAAGGCGAUGGCGGCAGCUUGCACGUGGUUUCAGGCAACCCUUACGUGGAGCGGGUAGUGCAGGUUGCUGUGGGGGCUGCGCUGGGGGCGAUGGACAGGGACGGAAGGGACGGAAGGGACGGAAGGGACGGACGGGACGGACGGGACGGACGGGGCGGAACAGGGGAGAAGCGGCGGGUGAAGCAACGGCUGGCAAGCGCAGGAGUGCGCAUCACCAUCGCUGGAGACAACGACUUCUACUCCCACCGCCACACUCUGCAACGGCUGGGCCUGCCUCUCUCGGCGUCCUCCCUCUCCCGCAUCCCCCCCUUCGCCCCCAUCGUCAGCAACUCUCCAUCUCUCCACCAUCCUGCCGCACCAGCAGCCCCAGACACACCCGCAGCAGAAGGCGAUUCCGCAACCGCGGGCGCAUCAGCAACAUCAGCACCGGAAGCCGUGAGCGGCGAUGCAGCAGAGACGACACGAGGCCAUGUGCCAGAGGUGGCGAAGACAGGGCUGGGGUCCUCUGCUGCCAUGACGGCUGCUGUCUCCGCCGCCCUGCUGCGCUUCCUUGGCGUCAUUGCGGAGACGGGGACUGUGGCGGAUGAGAGUCCAGAGAGAGGGCCGGAUGAGAAGGGAGACAUUGGGGCCAGAUUCUCUGCUGCCCCAGCCCUGUCUUCUCAGCAGCAGACUGUGGCGUCGGUGUCUCAGAAGCGGGGUCUGUCCUCUUGGGAGGUUGUGCACCGGGUGGCGCAGGUGGCGCACUGCCUGGCGCAGGGCAAGGCGGGUAGCGGCUUUGACGUGGCUGCGGGCGUGUUUGGCUCCAUCUGCUACCAGCGCUUCAACCCCGCCGCCAUGCACUCGCUCAUGGGAGCAGAGGCCGCCAUGACAGCGAGCAGCAUAUCAGCCACGCUGCAAUCACCUCUCUGGGAUCACACCAUCUCCCCUCUGCACCUCCCACCGGGUCUCCUCUUGGUGCUGGGGGAGCCGGGCACAGGAGGCACAGCCACGCCCUCCAUGCUCUCAGCUGUCAUGCGUUGGCGGCAGCAGUCACCGGGGGAAGGGCAGCCCAUUUGGGAGGGUCUCAGGGAGGCCAAUGCGGCUGUAGGUGCUGCUCUCUCGCACCUCUCCCACCUCGCCCUCGCCCACCCGCAUGCAUUCACCGCCACUCUAGAUCACCUGCAGCACGUGCCUCUCAACGCAGCAACCGUGCUGCCUCCACACUCACCUGCGGACCUGGUGCCACAGGGUGACAGCAUCAACAGCAACUCACAAGGUGCCACCACAGCACCACAGGGUACUACAGACUCUAGCAGGACCAUCCUGCAGGGCCUGCUCGGCCUGCAGGCCUCCUUCCUCUCUGUGCGGCGCCUGCUGUCAGCCAUGGGCGCUGCUGCUGCUGUGCCCAUCGAACCCCCCCAGCAGGCGGCCCUGCUGGAUGCCACCAUGCAGCAGCCGGGGGUGGUGAUGGCUGGCGUGCCGGGAGCAGGGGGAUAUGAUAGUGUAUUUUCGGUGGUGGUGGGGGAGGAGGUGGCGAGGAGGUUGGAUGCGGUGUGGGGAGAGAGGGGGGUGAUGCAGCUGGGUGUGCGGAGUGCUGCCGAGGGGAUGAGAUGGGAGGAGGCACAGGGGGUGGUGAGGAGGCUUGAGGUCCAUAGAAGAGGUGGUGCUAAUGCAAUGUGACAAAUUUUUAGUUGCAAACAAAAAGAUCGGCUGGCCAAAGUAGCUUAAGUCCCUCCCCCCCGACUUUGCAUAACUACCAGGUGAUGUAUUUCAUCACAUGAUUUGUAACUGCUGUAUUGAAACUUCACUACAUGUACCUAGCACAAAAAAGUUUUAUAUAUCGG